AUGGCUACGAUAAAAGAACCGGCGGCCGAAAUUGCGCCACUCCCGAACGCCGACGGCUCCGUGAUCUUUUCCUACGCCGGCUUCAAGGUGAUUGCUGCCGCCAAUGGUCCCGUCGAGACCUUGAAGCGCGAGGAAUAUGCCUACGAGGCCCUCGUAGAUGUCAUUGUACGGCCGGCAGCGGGAGUCGGAGGUCAGGAUCCUACCCCUUCUACCCCUUCCCGUCUGGUUUUGCUUCCGCUCGGCCUCAUCAUACAUGGCCCGCCUAGUCUACGUGGUCUGGACGGCGAGGUGAACCUUCCCAUCAUUCCCGCUUUGCUGCAUGCGGCCAUUCUCGCCCUGCUCUCUGGGGCUAUCCCGCUCAAGGGGAUCGCGACUGCUGCACUGCUCGUCAUCCCCGGUGAGUCGAGCGACGGGAAGGUGGUGGUCGACCCCACCGCGGCUCAGAUUGCCCAUGCAAGAUCGGUGCAUGUUUUGGGAUUCACGUCCGAAGACGACUUGCUCCUCGCGGAGAGCGAGGGGCAGUUCUCGCUUGGCGAAUGGGAAGAUGUCGUCACAGCUGCCCGCCAAGUCUGCCUCCAAUCGCCGGAGGAGAUGUCAAUCGAUGAUACAGAAGCGGCGUCCGACUACGCUAGGUCUGCAGACAUGAAGCACUUCAUUCGGACCGUCAUGGCCUCCAAGGUUGCCGCUGAUCUACACUGGAAGAUCUCCGUGUGA